GUUCAUUCAGUUCGCCAUGGCCAAAUCCAAGAAGCAAGUCAAGGUGCAUCCAACCAACAAGAGAAAGCUGAAGCGACAAAAUGAAGAGAAGGAACUUCAAGAGCUAGAAAAGAAGGCUUCUGAUCCUCAAACGAAUUCCAACUGCAAACUGUUUUCGGAACUACCAAUAUCAACAAAGACCAUUGAAGGUUUAAAGCGUGCCAACUUUGUAGAAUUAACCGACAUUCAGCGAAAAGCCAUUCCUCUUGGUUUAGCCAAACGUGAUGUCCUUGGUGCGGCAAAAACUGGAAGUGGCAAAACUUUAGCCUUCCUUAUCCCGAUCUUGGAGGUGUUGUAUAGGGCAAAGUGGAACCAAGAAGAUGGUCUUGGAGCACUUGUGAUCUCUCCAACUCGUGAGCUUGCUGUACAAAUUUUCGAAGUGCUCAAAAAGAUUGGAAAGCAGCAUAUGCUCUCAGCUGGUCUGAUUAUUGGCGGAAAAGAUUUGAAUGUUGAACAGGAACGAGUAGCGAAAAUGAAUAUUCUAGUAGCAACACCUGGUCGACUAUUGCAGCAUAUGGAUCAGACUGCAGGAUUCGAUUGUGAUAAUUUACAAGUUCUGGUAUUAGAUGAGGCCGAUCGUAUCCUUGAUAUGGGAUUCCAGAAAGAACUCAAUGCCAUUGUCGAGAACUUACCAAAGCAACGACAAACACUUUUGUUUUCCGCAACACAAACCAAAUCAGUGAAGGAUUUAGCCAGAUUAAGUCUUCGGGAUCCAGAAUAUGUAGCGGUUCACGAGAAAGCCGACCACAGCACCCCUCAAAAGCUAUCACAGAAUUUCCUCGUAUGUGAACUCCCCAAAAAGCUCGAUAUUCUGUAUUCUUUCAUUAGAACGCAUCUCAAGUCCAAAAUUGUGGUAUUUAUCUCGAGCUGCAACCAAACUCGAUUUGUGUAUGAAGCGUUCUGUAAGCUUCAUCCUGGUAUACCACUGUUGCACCUUCAUGGAAAACAGAAGCAGACAAAGCGAGUAGAGAUUUUCCGAAAAUAUUGUUCAAUGGCAAAUGCUGUUCUCUUUGCCACAGAUAUCGCCGCACGAGGAUUGGAUUUCCCGGCUGUUGAUUGGGUUAUCCAGUUGGAUUGCCCAGAAGAUGCUGAUACUUAUAUUCAUCGCGUUGGACGUACCGCCCGCUUUGAUGCCGCUGGUUCAGCGCUAAUGUUCCUUCUACCCAGCGAAAAGGAGGCAAUGCAAGCCGAGCUUGCGAAAAAGAAAGUACCUGUGGAGGAAGUCAAAAUUAGAGCCAGUAAGCAGCAGUCCAUUCAGAAUCAGCUUCAAAGUUUCUGUUUCCAGGACCCAGAAAUCAAGUAUUUGGGCCAAAAGGCUUUUAUUGCAUACAUGCGUUCUGUCUACCUGCAAAAGAACAAGGAUAUUUUCAAGGUCCAUGAACUUCCUGCUGAACAGUAUGCACAGUCUCUUGGUCUUCCUGGUGCUCCAAAGAUUAAAUUCGUGAAAGCUUCAGCAGCAAAGGAGGCUCAGCGUGCAGAAGCGAAGGCAAAACAAGCCGUUGCAGCGGACGAAUCAAGCAGCGAAGAAGAAGAUAGCGAUGAUGAAGAAGAGACUGCACCCACGACAAAGGUUACCAAGCCAACAUCCAAAAUUGAAAAGAUGUUCUUACGAAAGAAUCAAAAUAUUCUUUCUGAGCAUUACAACAAGCUUGUGGACCAUGAAGAUGACAACGACUUAUUGAACAAUGAGGCUGGUGAAGAUGAUGAAUUCAUUACUAUCAAGCGUCGUGACCACAAGUUGGAAUCAGACGAGGAAAAUGAGCCAAUGCUGCCAACCUCUAAGCGACAGCUCAAUCUCUCUAAGAAGGAGCUGGCCAAGAAGCAAUCUAAGGGAGAGCGCAUCAUUUUCGAUGAUGAGGGCAAGCCUCAUGCUUUAUACGAGAUGCAAGAUGAGGCAUCUUUCUUGAAGGCCGGAGAUGCAGCUACUCAGAAGGCUAAGUUCUUGGAAGAAGAAGGCAGUGUCAUGAAGGAGGCAGAUAUAGAAGACAAACAAGUCGCCAAAGAAAAGAGAAGAGAGAAACGUUUAGCAAAGAAGCUUCGAGAACGCGAGCAACUAGAAAAUGGAGAUGAAGCAGGCGCUGUUCUCGGUGGCAGUAGCGACGAAUCCGGUGAUGACAUGGAAGAAGAUGAAUCACCUUCGCAGGGAGCAGGACAAAAGAGAGAGCCAAAGUGGUUUGAAGACGACAGUAGUGAUGAAGAGGAAAGUAGAAAGCGAGCUAAACUCAUUGAGGUCGAGCAGCCAGAGAGCAUUGCUGACCAAGAAGCACUUGCUCUUAGACUGUUGGGAGCUGCAUAGAAUACCUUUUUAUAUCACUUGUAACUACAUUUUCAUCAUAAUUUGCUUGCAUUCUGAAAUACAUACUUCAAAAAAAGUGUUUCCCAUUA